AUGAAAAGUGAAUCUGAAGACACAACCACCGUCACCGUGACGACGACUAAACUAAACACAACCACCGUCACCGUGACGACGACUAAACUAAACACAACCACCGUCACCGUGACGACGACUAGACUAAACACAACCACCGUCACCGUGACGACGACUAGACUAAACACAACCACCGUCACCGUGACGACGACUAAACUACACACAACCACCGUCACCGUGACGACGACUAGACUAAACACAACCACCGUCACCGUGACGACGACUAGACUAAACACAACCACCGUCACCGUGACGACGACUAGACUAAACACAACCACCGUCACCGUGACGACGACUAAACUACACACAACCACCGUCACCGUGACGACGACUAGACUAAACACAACCACCGUCACCGUGACGACGACUAGACUAAACACAACCACCGUCACCGUGACGACGACUAAACUAAACACAACCACCGUCACCGUGACGACGACUAAACUAAACACAACCACCGUCACCGUGACGAUGACACGGACGACUAAAAUAAACACAUGA